AUGUCGUCCCGCAGUUCGAUCCCCCGUCGUCGAAAUCAAAGUGAAAGUGCUGGCAGCGGUGUCGAAUCCAGCCUCUCCCAACCAGCCAGCAGUAAACGCCCUCGUCUGAGCCCCGCACACGAAGCCGAAACCUCAGGUGAUGAAGCGAGAAGUGAGACAGCUAGGGCUCUGGAGCGCUCUAGUGAAGAUGAGUCCUCAAACGACGAAACCGAGCGAGGCGAUGCGGUCGAUGAGCCCUCAAGCGACGAAGCAGAGGGAGACGAUGCGGCCGAUGGAGGCGAAGAGUCGAUGCCACCACCUCCUCGGCAACCACUCAAAGCCCAUGCAGGAUUCGACCUCAAUGGGUACAAGCCUGGCGCAAUUGUGCGCAUUAAAGUGACAAACUUUGUCACUUAUAACAAUGCGGAGUUUUACCCCGGCCCGAAGCUCAAUAUGGUGAUUGGGCCUAAUGGAACUGGCAAGAGUACAUUGGUUUGUGCCAUUUGUCUUGGACUUGGAUGGGGGCCUCAGCAUCUCGGACGUGCUAAAGAUCUUGGCGAAUUCGUCAAGCACGGCUGUCGAGAAGCAACGAUCGAGAUCGAACUCGCAAAACACCCGAAAGGCACUCUGAACCCUGUAAUUAGUCGUACUAUCAAGCGAGACGGAAACAAGAGUUCAUUCACCCUUAAUGGGCAGGCUGUUUCCAAGACAGCGGUACUGAAACUAGCACAAGAAUUCGCUAUUCAAGUCGACAACUUGUGCCAGUUCCUGCCCCAAGACAAGGUUGCAGAAUUCGCUGCUCUCACCCCCAUUGAACUCCUUCACUCUACCCAGAGAGCAGCCGCUGGAGAAGACAUGAUCGAACAACAUGAGAACUUGAAGAAACUCCGAUCCGAACAAAAGAAUAUUGAAAUGGUUAAUCGUGAUGACAAGGAGACGCUAAGGAAUCUGGAGAACCGGCAGGAGGCGCAGAGAUCAGAUGUUGAGAGAAUGCGAGAAAGGGCCGUGAUCCAACAAAAGAUCGAGAAUAUGGAGUUCUUUCGGCCGGUUGUCGAAUACAAAGACUGGCACCGGGGCUUUGAAGAACUGAAGUUGAAGAAAAACCGAACUGAAGAGGAAUUCGAACAACUCAGACUUGAUCUUGCACCUGCAAUGGCAGCCGUGAAUGCCAAAGUGACGUACAAGGAUAAAAUCGGCGACGUGAAAGAUGCGCGGGAAAAGCAGGUCCAACAAUUAUCCACAUUCGCUCAAUCCCGCGGGAAAAAAAUGGAAGAUUUAGAUCGUGAAUUACAGGACUUGAACGCCACGAUUGACGCUGAAAAGAAAUCCGCCCAGAAACACAGAGAGGAAGCCGGCUUAGUUCAGCAGACGAUCAACAGAUUGACACGCGAGCAAGAGAAUGGUGCUGUGGAGUUCAAUCCUGACGAUUACAAUCAGCAAUUGCAUGAGAAAAGGCGAGAAAUCCGCGAGAUUCAAGAAAAAGCCAGCGUAAUCCAAGCCAGCAAACGGCCCAUGGCGGAAAGAAUUGUGGAGUUGAAAAGCCUUAAGCAAACGGAAGAGCAGAAGCUGGCGAGGUUGGAUUCGCAGCUGGGUCAACAAGAAAGCAAGCUUGGGUCACUGUCCAAAGACACAUACACAGCCUACCAAUGGCUUCUCGAAAACCAGGACAAGUUCGAGAAAGAGGUAUUCGGCCCUCCUAUCGUAACAUGUUCGGUCACCGAUCCUCGUUAUGCCAGCGCUGUUGAGUCCGCGUUCCAGAGAAACGACUUGACGGCGUUCACGACGCAAAGCAAAAAAGACUUUCGCACGCUGCAACAAGCGUUGAACAGAGAGUUGAAUCUUUGGGACAUCAGCAUCAAGACUAUCACCAAAUCGCUCGAUUCGAUGAGGCCUGAGCUUUCCCGCGAGAAUCUCCAGCGGCUUGGGUUCGAAGGAUUCACCAGAGACUUCUUACGGGGCCCCGACCCGGUCAUUGCCAUGCUUUGCUACGAGAAAGACCUGCAUAGGACACCUGUCUCCUUGACAGAUAUUUCUGACGAAGCCUACUCUGAGCUGGAAAGCGGAAAUAUCACCGCGUGGGUUGCUGGGAAGCAAUCUUACAAUAUCACCCGACGUAAGGAGUAUGGUCCAGGAGCUCAAACAACUCGCGUGCGCGCAAUCAAUCCUGCGAGGCACUGGACAUCACAGCCUGUGGAUGCGGCAGUCAAACAGCAACACCGGGAUAACAUCCGGGACUGGACAGCUGAACAGGAACAGCUUGAGAAACGCAUGGAAGAAGAGAAGGCUAAUUUGAAUGAGCUCAAGGACGACAUGGACCGACUCAACCGAGAGAUGAAUGAUGUCGAAAAGGAGAAAGCCGAAAAGCAGACUGCUUACACACACUAUCGUGCGAUUCCUGAUAAACUGGCCGCCCAAAUGGCUAAAAAGGCUCACAUUACGACUCUCUUCGAAAAGAUGCGAGAACGGGUUACUGAUACUCGUAACAAGCAAGACCUGCUUGCCAAUAAAAAGGCCAAGGCUGGUGCUGAAUAUGCCGAUGCGGUUGAGAAGAUCUCCGAAGCAUAUAGAGAACUCUGCAAAGUUUGCAUUCUACACGGGGAGGCAAAAUCCGAGCUUCAGAUUCUAAGGCUUCGUCACAGCGACUACGCCAAGAUGAUAGAACAAAAGGCCGUAGAGGCGAGACAAAUAAAGGCGGCGUAUCUAGAAUCGAAGGAGCAUGGCAAGACAUUGAUGCGGACGGCAAAACGCCUCUCAAAUGAGAUUAAGGAAAGACCCGGUGGUGAGGAGAUCGCUGAAAUGAUGAGCCCGGCCGAUUACAACAUCGAUCACUUCAAUGCCGAUAUGGAGUCUGCAAGGGCCCGUUUGGAUUUGACCCAAGGUGGCAGUGCCAACAUGAUCAAAGAAUUUGAAGAUCGCGAACGACAGAUCGAGAGACUGCGCAACAAACUUUCUGAUUUCCAGGCCGAAAUGGCAGAAUUUCAGGCAGCCAUCAGUGAAAUUCGUUCACACUGGGAGCCCAGGCUGGAUGCACUUAUCAGCAGGAUCAGCGACGCCUUUUCAGACUCGUUCCAGCGCAUUGGCUGUGCUGGACAAGUCUGUCUGGACAAGGUGGAAGCUGAGACAGCAGAUGGGGAGCCUGGCGGCAGCGAAUUCGAUCAGUGGUCCAUUCAAAUCUGGGUCAAGUUCCGUGAAAAUGAGAGCCUGUCCCUGUUGAACUCCCACCGUCAAUCCGGUGGCGAGCGUGCUGUCAGCACCAUUUUCUAUCUCAUGGCGCUGCAAUCGCUCUCGGCCUCCCCUUUCCGCGUUGUCGACGAGAUCAACCAGGGUAUGGACCCAAGAAACGAGCGAAUGGUUCACGGUCGCCUGGUGGAUAUUGCCUGUGCGCCGAACGAAGAAGAGAUUGACGAAGAGGGCAAUGUCGUCGGCGGCGGUGGUGGCCAGUACUUCCUGAUUACACCGAAACUCCUGAGUGGUCUAUCCUACAAACGCGGCAUGAGAGUCCUCUGCAUCUACAGUGGCGAGCAUAUGCCCGAAAGUGGAACGGUCAACUUCCACAAGUCCAUUGACACCAUGAAGCAGAUUGUUGCUAGAGGUGGACGGACCACUGACACGGCCAGGCCUCCGCUGCUGGAAAGUCGAAGUCAAGUCAACGUUCGAGCCUGAGGGAUUUUUCCUUCUCGUGACUGAUAUUUCCUGCUCUGAUCUACACAAUACAGCAUAAUGACCUAAGAUACCAUUUUUUGCUUUCGUGCUUUCCUUGUUUUGAGGAUCAUGUUUUGGAGUUGGGGAUCAAGCUUGGUGGAACCGUUGGAGCGGGGGUGUAUGAAAUCGGUCCACUUUUCUGUAGGUAGCAUUUAAUUUGAUAUGCAUAUAACCUUGGAAGGACAUUUUAACGAGCAAUCAACGACCUGCCCAAGCGG